AUGCCAGAUCUCCUCCACCAACUCCACAAAGGGGUCUUCAAAGACCAUCUUGUCAAAUGGUGCCUUGACAUUGUGGGAGAAACCGAAAUUGAUGCUCGCUUCAAGGCCAUUCCAGACUAUCCUGGUCUCCGUCAUUUUAAAAAAGGUAUAUCGAGCAUCAAGCAAUGGACCGGAACUGAGCACAAGGAGAUGCAGCGUGUUUUCAUGGCGCUAAUUACUGGUGCAGUCCCAAGUCAAGUUGUCAUUGUCACACGGGCCUUACUAGAUUUUUGCUAUUACGCACGACUUCAUACACAUACGAGCGAAUCUCUGGACAGUCUGGAGAAUGCCCUCGCCAUUUUUCACACUCACAAGGAUGUGUUACAGGAGCUCGCAGUGCAUGAACACUUCAACAUCCCAAAGCUACAUCAAUUGUCUCACUAUGUACAAUCAAUCAAACUAUUCGGAGCUGCAGAUGGAUUCAACACCAAACUUCCUGAGCGCCUCCACAUCGACUUCACUAAAGAGGCUUACCGUGCAAGUAACAAGCGCGACUACGAGGAACAGAUGGUGUUAUGGCUUCAACGCCAGGAGGCAGUCUUCUGCCGAACCACUUACCUCGAAUGGAACAGGGAAUCUGAGUAUGAUUCCGACUCUGAUGCUGAAAACGAGGGCUUUGAUGUGGUGCCUGUUGUUUCGCAGGAUAUCAUUCAUGUUCUGGCGAAGACUGCCCCACAUCCUCAUCGAUCUGUUCAACAUCUCGAAACCAUGCAUGGCACCGUUGAUUUCCUGCCCGCUCUCACAUUAUUUUUACAGAAGCAUUUGCCGCACAAUCAUAGCAUUGUGCCUGGUCCCCAAGAUUGUUUUGACACUUUCUGUCAAGUAGUCGUCAUCCUUCCCCCCGACCCUCGUGUGUCCGAGUUGCCCAAGUGCCUACAGGUCAGGGCAAUGCCUGAAGUGCUUCCUUUGUCUUCUGGACGGAAGCCAGGUUCCCCCAAUCGAUUCGACAUGGCACUGGUUAGCAGUGAUGGCGUCCAAGCAUCGAAGGCACUACUCAUGCUGAAUGCCGCUGUCCGAGUUGCGCAGAUGGGUCAAUUGGUCAAUCCUACGUGGACGAGCGCAAAUGUGUAUGAGUUGGCGAGUGAAUUUUACUUAAAUCCAUUCAUUGACCUUGAGACUUUUUCUGACAACACUACCCCAACCAUAUUCCGGGCUGUGAUUCACUCCCAAAAUGUACACGGAGGCUUCCAUUGCGGUUUAGGGAUGAACUUCCUGAACCGCCAGUGCCUGUCGCUCAGGACCGACCAACCCCGCUUCCUACACGGAAUCGGUAUCGCUCGUGAAUAUCGUCAUCGCCCUUUGUAUGACCUGGAUGCAAUAGUAUCGGCAGAUGAACUCUCAAAUAUACGUCGGAGUCCUGGAUCCAAUUUCGGUGACAAAGGCAUGUUGGAUGUUGAGGCACACUUAGGUGAUCUGUCUUCUUGUUCACCACCCUGGCCGUGGAAAAACAUGUCAGUCUGGAGGUUAAUGUCGUGGAUGGUGACAGGCAGUGAUCGGAAGUCGAAGGGAGAGGUCAAACGUCUAAUGAAACAUUUCGAUAAUUCCGAAGACAGUGCUGACAUGGGAGUUCUGCAGCGAGAUGGAUGGAAACAAACUGAUGUAGAGAUCAUGGUGCCAUCGAAGGAAAAAAAUCCUGGAGUCAUCCGAGCCGCAUUUUCAGAACUGUCGUCAAAAUGGUUCCACUUAACACCCUUCAAGCAGGAUUUGGAAAUCACCAGUCACUGGGCGGGAGCAACGACUCUACAAUGA